CAAAGUUGUCAAUUGUCUCAAAGUUCCGCGCACAAUAAGUUGUGCACGUGUUGUUUUCAAGUAAUUUUCAAAAUUGUGAUUAACUUUCAAUUUGCUCAUUAAAGAUUGUGAGAUUAUUGCCCAUCUUUUAAUUAGUUGGCUUUUUGGCAUAUAUAACUGAAACACGAUGUAAAUUUAUUGUUGUGCCAUGUCCAAAGAAGGUUAUACUACAGAGAAGAAAGAAGGUGAUAGUAAAGUUGUUCUGGAGAGGUUACAAUCGUAUUUAAAAGAUAAAAGAAGCGCAGAAACAGCGGAGUCUAGCAUAAGUUACCCUAAACCUAGUACGAGUUUUGAAAAGAGCUCACAAGGUACUUCAACCCUUGAAGACAGCAGUACUGUUUUACGGGAGGUUUUAAAUCACAAGAAGGCUGAACUGCUACGUCAGCCAGAAAUUAUUGCAUAUUUGAAGGACGUAUCUGCGGCUCUUAAGAAAUAAUGGAAAUGAUAACUCAGAAAAAUGUCGCCGCUUUGAUGCGGAAAACACUAGACCGGCAAAAUGCGCAGGCUCGAAUGAAACUAUCGUUUAAAAAAGGUCAAAUAGAGCAAGUUCUAGUAAAUUAUACGAGGAACAGUAAUGUCGGACCAUACCAUGAUCUUGUCAAAGUAUUAGAAGAAUACCCUAUAAAUGAUGAUAAUUAUCAGGUACUACUAGAAGAUUGUUUGGCAUGCGUCGUUCUUCUUGGAAGGGAAUUGAAGCAUUUUGUUGACGUUUUGUGCAAUGUGGAGUGGGCUGGUAGAGGAGAAAAGUUUGUUGAAAUGUACAGCAGAUUUGUACUUAAUCUAGUUACUGCUCAUACAUACCAUUGCCCUAGAGUUAUGACAAACUUAGUAAAAUUAUUUAAAGUUGAUGGCAAUAACUGGGAUGAUCAACCUCCAGAGGAACUGAUGGCUAAAUGGUCCAACAUUCACACAAUUAUUGCACAAAUUGUUGCAGUGAUGCCUAUGACAACUGAUCUACUUAUGCAGACAGUAAUUGACCAGUUCCCAUAUUACAAGGCAGGAUGUUUUUCAAACAGAGCUUAUGUACAUAAUUUAAUAUGGAUGAGCAAAUAUUUACCAUUGCUGAAGGAACAACUUGUUAUGGCUGUUAUUAACAGAAUGGUUACAAUGGAUGUCAAUAUAGAAGAUCAAGCUAAGAACAUGACGCAAAUAGACACAAUGUUUGAAAUGGAUGCAGAGGAACAAGAUACUGUUUCAGAGACACUAGAUUACUGUAUGAUAGAAGUAUUGAAAUGGUUGGAAGAUGAGAGAGAGCCUGCUCUGGUUAUUAUGUGCAAUGUCUUUGAAAGAGUAAUAUUACCAACACAUGGUAUAAGACAUGUCCAAUUCCUAAUACUCUAUACAAUAUCAAUAAGCCAACAAUGUGCUGAUCGUAUAUUUUCCAAUCUAUGGAUGAUUGCUGCCGGUUUGCACGGGUCCGGACCUGGGGCAUUAGCCACAAGACGGACAGCAACCAGUCAUCUAGCUGGCUUACUCGCUCGCUGUGUUCGUAUAUCAAACAGUAGACUUAUACAUUACCUGAAGAGCAUGGCAGAAUGGUGUCAUUCAUAUAUCACCGCUACUCAAGAGUCAACCGCAGUCAGUGAUAAUACUAAAGUGCAUGGUGUCUUCCAUUCUAUAUGUCAUGCUAUUUUUUAUCUGGUUGCGUUUAAAAAUCAUCAACUGUUUGUUAGUAAAGAAAGUCUUAACUUCGUAGAAUCAUUAAACUUGCCUCGUCUGGUGACGUGUUCGUUAAACCCGCUCAGAACAUGUCCACCACAGGUGACACGAGCGUUCUCAUCUGUGACUCGAGCACAUCAAGUGGUCUACUGCCAGGCCAUCAUAGAGAAGAACACGCGACACUCGCUACAGUACAAUACCGAGGAGUGUUACAAUGAAUGGUUCCCUUAUGACCCCUAUACGUUGCCAAAAUCCGGUCAAAUAAUAUGGCCGUUGUGCAUAGAAUAUAAAGACUGGGCUAAAGAUGGUGAUGAUGAAACACAAUAUUCCAGUAUAAAGAAGAAAUUAGUCGCAGAAGAUGAUGAUUAUUUAGUUGUAAGUCCGAACCAGAAAUUGGCAAGUUCCCUAUCAAAUAACAUUUUACCGGGCUUCAAAACUAGUGAGACUAUUUUAAUGUAGUAAAUACAUAUAUCUAUAUGUUAUAUGUCUGUUAUAACAAGAGAAGUGAUAUGUAGUUGUAAAAUACUU